CUUGGCAGAAGAUAAAUGACAUGGGCCGUUAAGCCUAUGUCCCGAAUACACACAGCUGAGUUUGAUUCAGAAUUCGUUAAAAUUUUGUUCGUUCUUCAGUACAUUCCUGCGCUUCGUUUGAAGAUCCACGUCUCUACGCGUCCCAAUGAAGGUCAAAAGUAAUAAGCCUCUUACGGCUUCAAUUUGCAGGAAAAAAUGUUCGAAAUUAAAAAGGCGUGAUAAAACUGAGCGACUUAAGAAAUUGCUCCAAUCCAAGGCAGAACUUUCUAAGAAUCAGAAUGAAACCAUCCAGACUAAGGCAAGACGUUAAUAUUUUCGGUUAUUCUUGCUUAAACCACUAUUUUACGUCUUUCUGACCUAUUUUUACCACUUUAUUUGGAAUUUUCAUUCUCAGAGGACUGUUCAAACGAAAUAUAAUGUUGUCAACAGCAACUAAUUCACGACUGUAGCUCUUCAAUAACGUUGUUGUACUGGGACUAGACGUUUGACAUACGCGCUGACUAUGUAGUCAGGUAUAGACUUCCGUGAAAACCACACCAAAAAUUCUACAACAAUCAAUCCCAUUAAUUUAUAUUGCUUCAAAUUAUAUCUACGAUGCAUAAGCCUUUCAGUCACUACUCAUACUGCUACUACUACUACUGUUCUUGAAUUUUAUCUCUGCUAAUGGAGUGUAGCAAUAUGAACCAGUGUACAUAUGUACAUACAAGCCCCCAAAUGCCCUUCUACGGACGAGGGAGAGUCAGCUCUCCCACUCGAAAUGCUCUCAAGUGGCCACGCGUACGCAGCCACUGCCAGAGAAUUCCUGCUCACUGCCUUCUCGCGGCAAGGGUGUUGUUUACGAAAUUUAGAGGACGAAAAGUGAAUGUCCAGCGCCUUGAACGGGUUGGUGGAUAUGGAGAGUUCACCUAGGGGAGUUAGAAAACCCUGAUUCCAAACCGAUGUCGCACAUGGGCUCCAAUAUCAUAAGGGAAUAAAUGGAGUGUGAGCCAAUUGUUGGUCACCGGCUACCAUGGGACUGCAUCUCCUGACGUUGCUGCACUGCUUUGUGGAUUAGACCUGUAGGUCGAAGGCCCCGGGCAUGGCCCCUUAAGAAGACCAUCUGCUUUGUAGUGGGCACCCGGGCAGUAUCAAAGCCCACACAAAUCAAGUGACUUGUGUGAUGUAUAUGUAUUUGGUGCCUCCUUGUAACAAUAUUUGUGUUCAAAUAAAACACAAAUAAAUAAUUAACGUACAACAUACGUAUCCAAAAUUAUCCUUUGAUUGUCAGCUAUCAGUCUACAGGCUUCGGACAUGCACUAUUUCUAGUCCUAUCGUCCUCUCAACCAGACCACUAUUGGGAUCCGAAAUUCAUCAUAGUUGUUCAGAUGUAUCAAUUUCCUACAUCCAUUCCAACCGCCUUUAAGGUAUACUAUGUGUAUGCCAGGCAUAAAAUUAUACAUUUUACUUUAAACCACACCGACAGAUCAUCUAAACAAGAGAGAAAGGAUUUGAACCUGGGAUUCAGUAGUUAAAAAUCCUAUUUUGAACCGUUAAGCUGUCUCGCUAAGUCUUACCAUCCACCAACAGACUUCGGCAUAUAAUUUCACGAACUAAAAGUUUCAGUUGAUAAAAUUUUUCAGUUUCACUGUUAGUUAAAACUAAUCACCCACAUCGAAACAAUUAUCGCUCUUAGAGCUUUAAAAAAACACAAAAAAUCGAUAUUUUUUCACUCAAAACAUGCAACCUCUUCAAGUAGCUGUUAACUACUAUUUUAAUUAAACCUCUAUCAAUGAUAACUCGUUUUAUAGUCCUUGCACUCAAAAGACAUUUCAUUCAGUUAGUCAAUUUUCAUUUGAUAAUAGUCACAUGAUGCGUCUGACCCUGUUUCAGUGGAUGAAUUGGGAAUUUCUCUGAAUACAUCAGGUCCACGUGAUCAACUACUGGAAACGGCUGUAAGUAGAAGUGAGCCUAAUGAAGAACUAAAUUUGGACGAUACAAUGACAAAGAGUUCUUCUGGGCAUAUUAAAUUGGUAAGCUCUAUCUUGGAUAUAAACAACUUUUUAUUAUUAUGACAUUGCUUGAUACUUUAGAACGUCAAGAAAUACCUCAUAUAUGAGAAAACAACCACGAUAUGGUCAAACGGGAUGAGGAUAGUCAUAAAAACAUAAAUGUUAAAAGAGUUCAGGUCAGUAUCCAAUCAAGAUUAGUCUCAGUAAGUCGGCAAAUACAUCUUACUGUUUGCGAUAAGUAUAAUAAAAAACAAUAAGAUUCCCCCUGGUUUCUAUCUUAAACCAUAUCUGAUGAUAUAUGAAACCACUGAGUCACAUAUUAUCUAGGUGUUUUUCCGGGGAAUCGUGUUAAAUCAACGAUUACUAACCGAAUCUAUGUAUCCCUAUUUUUCGUGACUGCAUCAUAAAAUUAUAGUUUUUACCGCUCCGUUCUGACAUGGGCAAGUGAGAUACGACAUAGGUGUUGCUGGAACAACACACCAAAACGCCAUUGUUUCAAGACAGUUGAAUUUACUAAAUGAUCGUUUCUGUGGGCGAACACGAGUCGGUAAAACAGCAUCACUUCUACGGUGUGGCCACUAAAUACGAGUAGUUUUUCAGAGACAGCUAUGAUUCAAUGGAAUUGAUAAAUGGGAAUCGUCAGCCCAGAAAAGCCAGUUUUCACAAGUAAAUGGGACGAUUUAAACAUUAUGCCAAAAUAGAGUAACAAAAACUAACAAAUCUGAUUUUCUUACUAAGUGUGAUGAACUUUCCUUUCUUUGGUAGGAUGACAACGAUAUGGUUUUGACCUCUUCGGAUCAAAACAAUAAAUAUCUUUUUGAACCAUAUAAACCUAUAAAUGUUGCUUUAAAAUCCGAACUCAGUAAAGUAUAUGAGGCACUCAUAUCAUUGUUAUCGUGUUUGUAGAGUGCUUAUGCUCUUGAAGUAUACAAUCUGAAGCGGAUAUUGAAUUUCUUGUCAGUAAUCUCUAUAGUUUAAGUAGAUCUGAUAGAAAUGUAGUACUUAGUGAACAAGGUUCUAAUAAACCUCAACCUUUGUCACAUCACUUAUUGUUUUGUUAUCUUUAUGUUCAGUAUUGAGAUACUCAUGUUUCCAUAAAUUAGACGUAUUUUGUGCACAGUUUGGCCAUGUUUGUACUUGGAUCCCACUAAUGCUCCAAUUUAAACUACUGUUGUCUUCCAAUAGGUAGAUUCAAAGUGCACUGAAAAGCUAACAAAGUCCCAAAGAAAACGACGUAAAAAGCAAGAAAUGUUGAAACUGAGGAAAGCUGCCAAAGCAUCCGUUCCUAAGCCAGAACCAAAGGAACCCCGUACUUCAUCAAGUGUCGUACUUCCAGAACGUAAAGCUUAUGUAUCAUCUUUGGAUACAGAUGAAAAACUCUUAGAUGCUAUUCGGGAUCGAUUAGGUAAUCGUUUUUAUUAGGUUUCGUUGUCAGAAUAAUGUUUUAUGUACCUUUCAUUCACAGUUUAUUGAAUUAAUCUUGACUAAUAAACCACAUUCUCACUUGUCAUUUAUACAUGUUUUCUAGUUAUUUAAAGUUCUUGAAAUCGACCACAAAAUACCUGAUAAGUAGUCAGGCUAAUAUCUGUUCAGUAAUAAAUCUUUGUUGGUGUGCCUAACUAGCGUUGUUUGAAUGUGCUACGGAAGGUAGGUAAUUUCACUCAUGGGAUUUUCUCAGCCUUAUAACCUGUACUGUACUAACUGAGUGGAGACCAGAUGUUCAUCGUGAGGCUGUUAAUUGUUCCAAAACUAAAACCGAAGGCAAUUUUUGUAGAUUUCUGUAAUGUAUUAGCUGUGAGAGCGUGUUUUUUAUCUAGAGUAAUGGCGAUCUUCAAAAACAGCUGAUAUGAUGCAACAUGUUUUCCUCGGAAUAAAAACCUCGAAUUAUGCGUAAGAAAAACCGAUCACUUUCACCUCUUCUGUUGCUUUACUUAAUUGCUAUUUUUAUCACAGGAUUGUUUGUCUUAUUCACCUUUGAUUAGAAACUUCAAGUUAUAUAUUUGUAUCUACUUAUUGACUGGCAAAUUUAUAUUUAAGUUAAUAGUACUAUUAAAUUUCACAAUUUGCUUUCUUGUGUAUAUGAAGUUGAAAUGUACCAACACACUCUAACUAUACGUCCGUUGCCAAGAAAUUGUCCUGUAAGUCUGAUCAAGGAUCUUUUCCCGUCAUCAGUCAAUGUUCGUAUCCCGCAAAAAUGCAAUUCUCGAUUUGGUUUUGUGAAAUUUCGAAAUCACGAUGAACUGGUUGCAGCUCAAAAAUCUGUUUCUGGUAAACUGUUGAACGGUAAACAAAUUAAAAUUGAAAUUUGCUCACUAAACGGACCUGAUAAUGUUGAUAAAAGUAAAUGGACUGAACCCCUACAAAGAAAAUUGUCAGAUUUCGAUAUGCGUUCUCUUCAUGUCCUUCAUUUGCCUCGGGCGACGACUCGUUUUGACUUGGCUCAAGUAUUUCCGAAAGCUGUAGGUAUUCGUAUGCCAACAUAUGAUGAUGGAUCGUGUCGAGGGUAUUGCACUCUAACCUACCACUCACGUCAUAUUGCAUUAAAAGAUUUUGAAUUAAGACACGGAACAUUUAUUCACGGAGAAUCUAUCUAUGUUAUGUUCCUACUUAAAAAUCUAAAGAAAAUCUCAAUGAGAAAUGCAAAACGUCAUACCUCUGAUAUUUACCAGAUGGAUGUAGACAGUACUUCAGCACCUCAUAAAGAAAAAUGUGCCAAGGCAAUAGUUGAUCAUCCCAUGCCUAUGUCUAUUGAUUCAUUCGAUCCUGAGUUUAAAAUUGCUAAAUCACCAGCAACAUCUGGUAAACCAGUGAAAAAGAAGUCCAAAGUUGCAACAGUUCAGCGUGACAUUCCAGAUCCUCUAAUAAAUAAAAAAUACCAGUUGAAGGAAAAGAGUGUCAAGCGAAAGUCAUCAUCUACUAGUAUCUUUGAUUCUUUAUUUCAGUCUUCAACUGGAGCAAAUGACAGGAAGCAAAAGAAAAAGACCAAGUCUAAUAUAAGAAAUGGCAGAAAGUUCAAAAAAUAACAUUUGAAGAAAGUUUUUGUAGUAAAUUAUUGACAGAACUAAAGGUGAAUUUUAAUUGCUUUACGUGGAACAGUGAACAAUAAUACACUACAUAUUGUGGUUUCAGUUCAGUAAUGUUAAAUAACGCAAUUAUCAACGAAUAUAAGCUAAUCUGACUACGGGUACAAUUCGCUCAUUCAUUAGAUAGAAGACCUUCUACCUGGACGGUCUUCAAAUAUUACAGUAUCGUCAGUGUCAUGUCUUUUUAGCUGUCACCACUAUAUAUCCUCUGAUUAGUAAAAUACUUGAUUAACGUUGAGAAGCAAAAUAUAAUCUUGUCCAAAGUAUUCCGAUCAUAUCACUAUUUGGUUUCAUAUGCUCUCCGUGUUAAUAGAUUUCAUAUUGUCUGAUAUUCCCCACUAAUCAUAAUCGCUACAAUGCCAAAUGUACCGAACAUGUAAAAAUCUUGAUCUAGACGGAAUUGCACUUAAACAUUAUGUGGUUUUUGUCUUUCAAUGGCAUUACUUACGGGAUUAGACGUCUGAAUGAAAUAUGGACCUGAUUACCAAUAAUCUACGAUUUGUCUUUUUGUGCUGAAAAAUAUUUCCUAUCAGCACAUUGUUGUAUCUUGAGAAAAAGGGCUGCUACGUAUUUAUUAAGGCUGGAUGGCGAAAGUCAGCUCUCCCACUCGAAAUGCUCUCAAGUGGCCACGCGUACGCAGCCACUGCCAGAGAAUUCCUGCUCACUGCCUUCUCGCGGCAAGGGUGUUGUUUACGAAAUUUAGAGGACGAAAAGUGAAUGUCCAGCGCCUUGAACGGGUUGGUGGAUAUGGAGAGUUCACCUAGGGGAGUUAGAAAACCCUGAUUCCAAACCGAUGUCGCACAUGGGCUCCAAUAUCGUAAGGGAACAAAUGGAGUGUGAGCCAAUUGUUGGUCACCGGCUACCAUGGGACUGCAUCUCCUGACGUUGCUGCACUGCUUUGUGGAUUAGACCUGUAGGUCGAAGGCCCCGGGCAUGGCCCCUUAAGAAGACCAUCUGCUUUGUAGUGGGCACCCGGGCAGUAUCACAGGCCACACACAAAAUGAAGGGACAGUAAUUACAGGAAAUACUGUUUUUGCUUCAAUUAAAGUUAUGAC